GCUGCUGUGAUAGAAGAAGCCGGAGGUGAACUGAAAAUCAAGAAGGAUCACCCUGUCAAGAGGCCAGAAGAGCUCGCGCCUGGAGAAUACCUUGUCAAGCUCGAAUGUUCUGGUUCGUGUUUUCCUCGCGCUCGUCGAUGCCACAGUGAUUUGCAUGCUGCACUCGGCGACUGGCCCGUUCCCCCUCGCCUGCCUCUUAUUGGAGGACACGAAGGUGUCGGAAUCGUUGUUGCGAUUGGUAGGAAUACCGUUGACUCUCCUGUCAAACUUGGUGACCGCGUUGGAAUCAAGUGGGUUGCAAACAGCUGCCUGAAUUGCGAACAAUGUAGAAAAGGAAGAAAGCGGAACUGCGCCAAAGCCCUAUAUAGCGGUUACGCCAUUGAUGGAACUUUCCAGGAAUACGUUGUAUCAUAUGUGAAUUACGUCAUGCCCAUUCCGAAGGGAUUCCCUAGCGACGCUCCUGCUUCUGUCCUGUGCACAGGAGUGACAGUCUACCGCGCUAUCAAGAACAGUCAGACAAACCCUGGUGAUUGGAUUGUCAUUCCCGGUGCCAGAGGAGGUUUAGGACAUGUAGCUGUCCAGUACGCUCGUGUCCGCGGUCUUUGUGUGAUCGCCAUUGACACUGGUGUUGAGAAGAAAAAUUUGUGUCUCAAGCUUGGAGCAGAAAAGUGGAUAGAUUUCAAGGAAAGUAAAGAUAGCGUCAAGCAAGGGCACAGAACAUUUGCAGUACCAUAUGCAGUGACAUGUGCAGUAGACCUGCAGUCACAUAUGCAGUGA